AUGGUGGAAGCAUCUGAGAUUAUCCUCAGGCUGAGUCUUGGAGGACAAAUGGGUGAUGGUGACCUCCGGGGCUUCUGGGCUUCCUUCUGGGCUGCCAGAAACAGAGAAGUAAGUGAACAAGACCUGGAGACAUAUGAUAAAGCCCUGCAUAUUUUUGAGCCUACCAAUGCAAAAAGGUCUGGGAAGAAGGAGAAGCCAGUGAAGAAGGCUAAGAAACAGGCAGUGAAGAAGACAAAUGAGAAAACAUUUCCUGAAGAACUUUGUGAAAGGUAUCUGGAAAUUGAGGCACAUCCCUUCUCAGAACAUCUUGCUACUUCAGGCAGUAGGAAUAAUUCCUACUGUGGGAAACCACAUCAGGAAAAUGUGCAGCAGAAUGGUAAUUGGAAUCCAGCCCUGGGGAGAAAAAUCAAGUUCCAGGACUUCCAGCCUGCUCAGCCUCAGAAGGCAAGCUCCCCAGAAGAUAAAAAUAGCCUCAUUGCCAGGGCCUCCCGCUGGGGAGCAACUGUGCAGAGGGGAGGCCUGGCCUCAGCAGCUGCUCCCAGGGUCCGGCCCAUGACUCUGCGCCGGGCCAGGAAGGAGCGCAAGGCCGGGAAGGACCGACGACCUGCCCGGCUUCGCGAAGGUUGGGGGCUGACUGCUUUGGGCCGACUCGGGACCCUGCCCAGCGUCGGGGGCGUGGCCAGAUGCAAGACCACGCCCACUCACCGCCUCUCUCUCCUCGCCCCGCCCCGCCCCGGCGGCGGGCUGGGCGUGCGUGCGUGCGUGCGCGCUCUCGGGGCGACGGCGGCGGCGCGCACGCACGCGCGCAAUUCCCCCCCCCUACCCAGGCGCGGCGCGACUCCCCGGGCGGACGAUGCGGCCGCGGAGGCGGCGGCGGCGGCGGCGCGCUCGGGAGGUCUGAGGCGGCGGGCGGCUGCGACGGGCCCGCGGCGCCAUGAGCUGCGCGGCCGCCCCCGGCUCGGGGCUGUGAGGGGCUCGGGGCCGGGGGUGGGCGGCGGCGGCGGCGCGGCGGGCGGGCCCGGCUCCUGCUCCUCGGCGGCGGCGGCCAUGCGCGGGGCGGCGCGGUCGGGGCCGCCGGGCCGGGGCCGGGUUCGGGCUCGCGAUCGGGCUCGCGUUCGCGUCCCGGGGCCCCGCGGCCUGAGCGCCCCGACGCCGCCGCCGCUGCAGCUGCUGCUGCUCCUGCUCGCGCUGCUGCCCGCGCCCGGCGCCGCCGCCGCCGCCGCCCCGGCCCCGCGGCCCCCGGCUUUGCCGCCCGCGGCCGCCGGGCCCAGCGUGAGCCUCUACCUGAGCGAGGACGAGGUGCGCCGGCUGCUCGGUCUUGAUGCAGAACUUUAUUAUGUGAGAAAUGACCUUAUUAGUCACUAUGCUCUAUCUUUCAACCUGCUAGUACCCAGUGAGACAAAUUUCCUGCACUUCACUUGGCAUGCAAAGUCCAAGGUUGAAUAUAAGCUGGGAUUCCAAAUAGACAAUUUUGUGGCUAUGGACAUGCCCCAGGUCAAUAUUUCUGCUCAGGGGGAAGUUCCACGCACUUUAUCAGUGUUUCGGGUCGAGCUUUCCUGUACUGGCAAAGUAGAUUCUGAGGUUAUGAUACUUAUGCAGCUCAAUCUGACAGUAAAUUCUUCAAAAAAUUUUACAGUCUUAAAUUUUAAAAGAAGGAAAAUGUGCUACAAAAAACUUGAAGAAGUAAAAACUUCACCCUUGGACAAAAACACUAGCAGAACUAUUUAUGAUCCUGUACAUGCAGCUCCAACCACUUCUACACGUGUGUUUUAUAUCAGUGUAGGGGUUUGCUGUGCAGUAAUAUUUCUUGUAGCAAUAAUAUUAGCUGUUUUGCACCUUCAUAGUAUGAAAAGGAUUGAACUGGAUGACAGCAUCAGUGCCAGCAGUAGUUCUCAAGGACUUUCUCAACCAUCUACCCAGACGACUCAGUAUCUUAGAGCUGACACACCAAACAAUGCAACACCUAUCACCAGUUAUCCUACCUUGCGGAUAGAGAAGAAUGACCUUAGAAGUGUCACCCUUUUGGAAGCCAAAGCCAAGGUGAAGGACAUAGCAAUAUCUAGGGAGAGGAUAACUUUAAAAGAUGUACUUCAAGAAGGUACUUUUGGGCGUAUUUUUCAUGGCAUUUUAGUGGAUGAAAAAGACCCAACUAAAGAAAAACAAGCAUUUAUAAAAACAGUUAAAGGUAUGACCUUUUCUCUUAUUAUUUGGAUAUUAACUAGUUUCUCUUCCAAUUUCUUCAAUAUUUAUAGGAAUCUGCUUCCUAUUACCCAUGUGUGUAUAGAAGAAGGAGAAAAGCCCAUGGUAUUACUGCCUUACAUGAAUUGGGGAAACCUCAAAUUAUUUUUACGGCAGUGCAAAUUAGUAGAGGCCAAUAAUCCUCAGGCAAUUUCUCAACAAGACUUGGUACACAUGGCUAUUCAGAUUGCUUGUGGAAUGAGCUAUCUGGCUCGAAGGGAGGUCAUCCACAAAGACUUGGCUGCCAGGAACUGUGUCAUUGAUGAUACACUUCAAGUUAAGAUCACAGAUAAUGCCCUGUCCAGAGACUUGUUCCCCAUGGAUUAUCACUGUCUGGGAGACAACGAAAACAGACCAGUUCGGUGGAUGGCUCUUGAAAGUCUUGUUAAUAAUGAGUUCUCCAGUGCUAGUGAUGUGUGGGCCUUUGGAGUGACACUGUGGGAACUCAUGACUUUGGGCCAGACGCCUUAUGUGGACAUCGACCCCUUUGAGAUGGCUGCAUACCUAAAAGAUGGUUACCGAAUAGCCCAGCCAAUCAAUUGUCCUGAUGAAUUAUUCGCUGUGAUGGCUUGUUGUUGGGCCUUAGAUCCAGAGGAGAGGCCCAAGUUCCAGCAGCUGGUGCAGUGUCUCACCGAGUUCCAUGCAGCUCUCGGGGCCUAUGUCUGAUUCCUCUUGGUGCCACUGCUUCUGGAGGAAGAUUCCUGUGGGACCUCAUUCAGCCAGGCUUAGGCACUUUGUAUGUCAUGAGGAGUCAGUCAGUAGAAGCACAUCGGUCUUCCAGAACAUUGUGCCUUAGAAUGCUUUAGAACCUGAACUUUUACAAGUGGACUUAAAUAAUGUGGAAUAUUUUCUAGCUAACAAUUUUAUUAGGUUGAACAGAAACGGUUUUGUAAAUUUUUUGGCCCCAGAUUUUUUAAGACAUAGUUACUUUGGAUUAGGGGUACAUUCUUACAAAAUAAAUAAGCGUUUGUUUGUU